AGACAACUGAUUCGGCCAGCUCCUCGGGCGACGGUGUAUUUUUUUUACGCGUGUGUUUUGUGCGGUGUCUUGAAUCCCCAGAAAUUUGGGCGGUGAAAGUAGCGAAAGCUAUGUGAGCGCGCGCGCGCUUGUGCUGGUGUAUUGCGUGUGCUGCACGAGUGUGCGUGUGGUAUUCUAGAAUACGCGGUGCGGUCGCGAGCUCUAGCGGCCCCAGCCAGUGGUUACCGAUGGCUGUGGCCACCAGUUCGCCUCCGAGACGGACGGACGACGCCGUGCAGACGUUCGACGACUGCGUGGUUUUGCUGUGCUACAACCACGAGAUGCGCUGCGGCUUGGUCGAAGGUGCCAGCAAGGGACUCUGGCUGCCUUACAAGGACAUAGCUCAAGGCGAAAGCUGGGAAAGCGCCGUGGAAUCGUUACUCAAAGAGCUGUCCCUCAAGACGUACGCCAACCAGGGCAUGAUACAGAUGCUGCGGAUACAGCCGGGUCUGAACCGGGCGUUUUUCACGCGGGUCAUCUUCAUGAUCCGUGUGCCCGAGGUGCUUGACCAAGGAGCCGACGAAAUGGGGGAGCAGGUACGCCUGCAGUGGAUAGCGGUGGAGGAGAUCCAGCGCAUGGCCAAGCUGCGCCCCUACCCGUUCAUGGGGGUAGAGCCGACCGAGCUGUGCAAGCAACUGCUCCAUAACAAGACGCUGCCACCCAACUGCGACUUUGUCGAGAUCAACGCCACCACUGCCCUCACCUCCCAGACCGUGUCGGCCAAGUCCCAGAUCGAGCAGAUGCUCGAGUCGGCCAAGUUCGGCCAGCCAGAGCAGGACAUGGUGCGUUUCGACUUCUUCAGGUUUGCACGCCCCAGCACGUACAUGAAUGAGCACGUGUUCCAGAGUUAUUUGUCUUCCCUUGGCUGGGACAAGACUCCCUACCUCGGGGACCUCUUCCGGGCCAUGGACGUGCACAACCGAGGCGCCUUGACCUGGAAGGAGCUGGUCCUCGGCCUGGCGGCCAUGGAGCCGGGCACACAGCACGGCGGCACCCCCGGGGAGCUCAGAUGCCGGCACAUCUUCCGCCUCUACGACGGCAACUGCGACGGCGUCAUGGAGUAUGCGGAAUUCAGGAAGAUGGUGAAGGACAUCCAGGAGAUGAGGGGCAUCACCAUGGACGAGGCAGCGCUCGACAAGUUCACCUCUACCAGCGCAGCGAGCUUCAACCUCCCCUUUGGCGGCCAGCUCCCGCUCAACGAAUUCCUGCUCGCCGUCGGCCAGCUCAAGUUCAGGGGCACCUCCCUCCUCUUCCGAUCUCCGUCCUCCAUUCUUCCCGCCCUCAAGAAGAAGUACACGCAGGAGUCUCUCAUUGAACCGGUGUCAAAGAAGUCCAAGAUGUUUCACCCCACCAUUGGAAGUGAUGUCAUGGACCAGAGCGUCACUUCGGAGGAGUCCGUUCCUGCGGACACGACGCACCGGUUCCAGUCCCCCCUGGGCCACUACGAGCUGGCCACCCACUCGGUCAAGGUGCGCAGGACGGGUACCCUGGUGGACGUGCUCUCCCUCUGGGACCUCGAAGGCACCUCGGCUGUUACAAAGAGCUCGAGAUUGAGCGAAAAGACGCGGUUUGAGCGCCUUCCUUCAAUGGACUCGUUCAACCAGAAGUCGCACGCCAACGAGAUGCUGGCGGGGCUGCGCUACUUUGAGCGGGCCAUCCGCAAGGAGAACCUGGAGAACCGGGUGGGGGCUGGCCGAAUGCCCAAGGACCAGUUCAGCUGGGGCGAGGUGGACCGGCAGGCACUGGCUCGCUGCCUGGUGGCCAUGUGCAAGCAGACGCGUGAAGUGAUGUUUGCGGAGCCCAGGCUGCUCAAGCUCAGCGUGCCCACCUACAUCCUCGGGGACAUCCAUGGGAAUUACCGGGACCUGGUGUGCUUCGAGAAGGCCCUGUGGAGAAUGGGGCCUGUGCUGACUCCGGCCAACUUCCUCUUCCUGGGCGACUACGUCGACCGGGGGGAACACGGCGUCGAGGUCAUUGCGCACCUGUUUGCCCAGAAGAUAUUGGCCCCCGACAAGUUCUACCUGCUCAGGGGAAACCACGAGGUGCGGAACGUGCAGAAGAUGUUCACAUUUUACAACGAAUGCGUGAAUAAAUUUGGCGAUCGAGUCGGCGUGGAGGUUUGGGAGCAGAUCAACGCUUGCUUCGACGUCAUGCCAAUAGCCGCCAUCGUCGACUCGAAGGUUUUCUGCGUGCACGGGGGCAUCCCUCCCCCGUGGCUGGGAGGCGGGUUCCUGGCGGCCAUCAAUCAGAUCCCCAAGCCCCUCAACGACCCCGAGAACCAGUCUCCACUGGCCUGGGAGCUCAUGUGGAGCGACCCCAUCUCGAGCGAAGCCGCCACAGAGGCACAGAAGGCCUUCCUUCCGAAUGCCAAGCGUGGCACAGCACACAUGUUCAGCGCCGAGGCCCUCGAGGAGUUCCUGUCUCGCAACGAGCUCUCCCACGUCGUCAGGGCCCACGAGGUGCAGCAGGCCGGCUUCCAGGUCCAGCAGAAAGGAAAACUCCUGACGGUCUUCUCGUCCUCCCACUAUUGUGGCGGAUCCAACGAAGCGGCAUGCAUCCUGGCCGACAGACAGAAGCUCAGGACCAUCCGCCUCGACACCACCUAGACGGACGGUCGCCGCAGUCCGGAAGGGAUACGCGUCUCCGAACCACACGUUCCAGACGCACGCAUGCUGCUGGCACAGCAUUCCGUAGUGUGCAGAACAGAAUCGCACUCUUUUUUUAAGUCACGCCGCUCCCUACAAGCACACAGAAAUGCUCUGUCGUCGUUGCAGAUUGUUUCUGUACGGCAAUUUUCGUCGUCUUUUCUUCCCGGAGAAUGACGUUGCUGAACCUUUGCUUCGAGUGCGUUGUGCCAUUCCUGCCGCCCAGUCUUAUCGGCCAUUACCGUUUUCAGUUCGGAGUGACCGAUCAUCGACCGUGAUAGCAUAGCGUGGGUCGGCGCGCAACCUAACCAUUCACUCAACGAUGUUCCUCACUCAUGCUCAUACAUAGUUAUUGGACAAUCAUAGCGUGCAUAAUUUUAUUCACAAGGUCGUUUCAACGUCUUCGGAAUAUUCUGCAGAGGCUCGAGACCGGAAAGGGAUGACCAUACUCAUUUUGAGAACAGAUGUCAUUGUUGCAAUUCACCUGUUGUUCAAGUGCCUUUACAGUGACUGGUGUAUGUUAAUAUCCAGUGAAUUCCUUUUUCCAGUAACAGCCAAAUGGAAUGCCUCUCGCAGGCCUCGAAAUAUUAGGAUAUUAGUAGUACUCAACAUAAAUUUAGGCUUUAUCUCAACUUCAAUAAAUACGAGGGUCGCAGUCUUUAUUUGCACCCAAAAAUUAAAUAAACCAAUUGAAGGUUUAAAAACAACGCUGUUCAUAUGUUUUAAACUUUCAGCAUCGUUCGAGGAUGUAGUGAAGCGUACCGGGUGCCGACCUGUGGCUGCAGAGUGCACGAGAAGCAGAGGGCCUUUAAAAACGGGAGCUGUCAACUGUGGUACAAACCACAAGCAGGCUUUCCAGCUCGCACAAGUGCCACAGUUUGUUGUGUGAUCCUCACUGUAUUGCAUCCAGGGUGGGAUGGUUGCUGUUAUACCAAAAAUGUUGGUGGAAGAGAGCAUCUCUGAUAUUAAGGAGGCACGAGUGGAGGCAUCUCCUUAUGGGCUUUUGCCAAAUGCAAAUGAAUGUACAGGUGUCGAAGUAAUGUUUCCCCAGUACGUCCUAUUUUCUUACCUUCGUUGUUAAGCCUAUGAGCCCUUAGUCUGUCAAUAAAACUCUAUGGCACAUUUGCAAUGCA